AUGAUACUCAUGCAAAAGUGUAGCUCCACAGUUGGGGACUCAAGAAGCAAGAAGAAAGGCUCUUGUAACUCUGCUUCUGUUUCUUCUUCUUCUGUUGCUGCUGUUUCUUCGGCACCGAAGGCAGAUCCAAACAUUUCCCAUGUCAGCAAUGACAGAAGUGGUGAUUGUACUAAUAUUACCCAUAAGGUUAAAGCGGAAAGUGGUGAGCUGAAAAUGAAGCUGAAGAAGGAGAAGAAGACGGUGCAGGCAACGCAAGACGAUCAACAAGUGAAAGAAGAUGAAGGGGGCCCAGUGAAGAAGGAGAUAUUUCUCAUCAAGCACCGGAGGAGCCAUGACGGAAGAGACUCUAGAAGCCCACCUCCUCAACAAGAUGAACCGUUAACAUCUUCUAACGAAGAAGCUGCUGAAUCUCUGGGUAACAAGGCUACGGCAGGUGUGGGGGUGAGGACAUCGAGCUGCACAAAAGAGGAGGUGGAUGCCAUUCUCAUUCAGUGCGGAAGGCUUAGCCGGAGCUCCUCCGGCAAGGCGGCUUCCUCUUCCGCCUCUGCUUCUUGUGACCGCGGCAGAAAGUACUCUGGCUCCAAGAGGAGCUAUGACUUCGACCGCUGGGAGAACGAGGUUGCUGCUGCUGAUGUCAUCGAGAACAAUGAUGACGUGGGUGACGAGGACGAAAGACGACAACACCACCGACAACGCCACCGCCAAUCACCGAGGCCUUCUUCUUCUUCUCAAGGGAGGAGAAGAACACCCAGCAGGGAAAGAGACCAGCAACAGCGCUCCAGCAGCAGGGAGAGACGAGUGAGUCGAUCUCCGGGUAGACGAUCAUCUGAGACCGGCGGCGCCACUCCUGCUACAGCAAAUGCUGCUAGGAAUGUUAAUAAGCCUGGAAAGAUGGUCUCUGUCCCUCCUACUGUUUCAUCCUUGGUGAUGGAUAAGAGCAACAUUGGUGGUGGAGAAUCUGCACCAGCCACUGCUGUCAAGAGGAUUUCUGUCAAGAGAAAUGCAGGCAACGAAGCAGUGACGGUGGGUUCAAGGAGUGCUGCAUCUCCCCGCUCUCAGUCUCCGGCUAGAGCAAAUGCAAAUGCUAAGACGUCCAACGACAAUCAGCAACAGCCGUCGCUUAGCCGCAGCUCUUCAAGGAAAGCAGAGCAAUCUCCUUACAGAAGAAACCCUUUGAGUGAGAUCGACCCCAACUCCCUCGCAUAUCCACAACCACUGAACAACAACAACAGCAAGCUUCAAAAUAGAAACAAAAAAGAAAUUGAGGGAGACGACAGGAUUGUUCUCAAGGACUCCACCAAAGUUCUGAAUCAGAAACCAAAUGCUGAGAUGAUAAACAGUAGCAACAACCGAGCUGUUGUUCAAGGGACUAAUUACAAAACCAGCAGCAGAGGUACACUGGACAACCAGGCUGUGACUGUAAAUUGCAUACAGAAGGAACAGCAGCAACUGAUUGUGGAAGAGGCCGGCCAUGUCACCAUUAAAACGGUGGUGGCCUCAGGUGCUGAAAGCCUGAAACCCCAGACAUUGACUAGAAGCAGGUCUUCUAGGAGAUCCCGAGACCUUGACCUCAAUCCUGAAAUUCUGUUGAAUCCUAAUCCAUCAUAUACUACGAUGUUGCUUGAAGAUAUCCAGAAUUUCCACCAAAAGAACAUGAACCCAACUUCGAUUUCUCUUCCACCUUGUGUCACCAAGGCCUGCUCUAUCAUGGAAGCUGUUGCUGACCUUAAUUCCACUACAAGCUCUAACCUGUCAUGUGCUUUCUCUGAGGACAGAAAAAGCCACCCAGCAUAUCAAUCUAACAGUAAUGGCUACAAUUAUUCUUUUGUUGCGAAGACAGUGGCAGAGACCAAAGACCCUUUUAUAGAGUCCGAGGUAGCUGUCACUGAUGAUGUAACGGAGCCGAGCUUUCACAAGUAUGUAACAGUGAGGAGGGGUGGAGGAGACAUGGAGGACCAAGAAUCCUCAGGUAGCAAUAGUUAUGUUGGUGGUGGUCAACAGAAUUGGGGCUUAUCUUCUUCUUCAUGGGAACCCAAUUCAGCAGAUUCAACAGAUUGCUGGACUUCAAGAUUAAACCCAAGAGACGAAGAUCAAAAGAGUCCACUGGGCUUUGAGGGGAAUUUUGGUGAAGCUAGAAAAAGAUUGAGUGGGAAAAAGAGAGACUGUGAUCACCAGCAGAGUGGUGGGAUUGGGCGUGGCAGGCUCGGCGUUACCAGAGGUCCCCAUUCAAUCCCUGUUGCAGCUGCUGCAUCUACAUAAGUGCAAUGAAUGACUUUUCCGUUUGGUUAUUGUACCGUUUAUUGGGGAUGAGGAUUCUUCCGUUUGUAUUUUGGGGUUGCAAACUUGCAACCAUUCUUUCUCUUUUUUAUUUGUAAUUUUUACUCUUUUAAGUGUCAUUCUUCCCUUCACAAUAGAUUUCUCCGUUCACAUUGUUUUGUGCAACUUUCAUGCUCAAACCACAGAUUAUGGGGUCAAUGAGAACUGGGACCUAGGGCCUUUUUAUUGUCUACAGGUUGCCAAGAUAUUACAGGCUGAACCAUGUUUCUUCACCA